CAAAAAUCAACCAAUAGGAACUAAGCUGGUGAAUCUGGCAAAUUUAUAAAGCAGGCCACACGGUCAUUAGUUCAUUUCUUCAUUUGACAGAUUUCCAAUAUGGGCUUGUUGACAGUUGGAUCGCCACUAGACUGGCCUGAAACUAAAAAAGUCGCGUUAUUCAUUCGAGAACAGGGUAUCAAACAGUUCUUAUCAUUGUAUCACAAACUGAAUUCACGAAUGAAACAUACACUGAAAUGGGGUGAUGAGAUUGAGUACACAUUGGUUCGCAUUGACCCUUCGACACAUGCAGCACAACUCUAUCUUGGUGCUUCGGAGUUGUUAAAGUUGAUAAAUGAAAAGAAAAGUGAUAUCAGUGAUGAAAUAACUUGGCAACCCGAGUAUGCUGAGUAUAUGAUAGAAGGAGUACCUAGAAUUCCUUUUGGACGACUAUUGGAUGCUUUUAACACUGUCGAGUGCAACAUGAAAAAAAGACGAUUAGAUUUAGUGGCGAAUCUUCCUGAAGAUUGCAUCGCAUUGACAAUAUCAGCCUUUCCACGAAAAAACAUUUAUCAUCAAAUGUUUAUUAUAUUCAUUAUGCAUUACGAUUUAGAUUGGGUUGUGAUAACUUUUGCUAUCCAGUUGCCAAACCAACUCCUGAUAGUGGUGCUUCCAGAAGUUUGUUUUUUCCAGAUGCAGCUAUUACUCAAGGACAUCCACGUUUUAAGUAAGCUUAAUUCAUAUUUAGUUCACAACAAAUUUCCUUGAACUUUUCAUUAGCGUUGUUAAAAAUAAUAUCAAAACAGUUGUUGUAUUCGGAUAACAAAUUAUUCUUAAAAUAACUGCAUCGAACUUAUGGAAACAGUAAGUAGUUAUUCAACUCAUUUAUAGUCAAGGUAAUUAGCUUUUUAUGCGAGCUGUGCGGUUGUUGAAUAAUUUGUAAGAUUUUUAACUCGUUAUAAUCACACAGAUACGUAAACUGAUUCUACGUGAAUAACUCAAAUAUUACACCUUACUAGAUGGGUUUAACUGUUUAGUAGUUCUAGAUGCUAAUAUCCAUGUGAACAGUAAUAAAAUUUCAUCUUGUUUUGACACGUUUGGGAUUUUUAAAAAGUGUUUCAUCACAAGUAUGGUAAUAAAGAGCUAUUAAGAAAAUAUCCUAUUGGCUCCACUUCAUUACUUUUUAAAAGGAUAUUUGCGAUCAAUUUAAUACAAGUCGAUUGCCUCGGUGUUCUGUUUCGUUUUAAUCCCACUAUCUAUAUACUUUUGUCCUUUGACUCAUCCAGCAGCUAUUCUCUGUUAAAGUCUGUUUCCUGCUUUGACGGUUGUAAGUCACGGAGUCGUCGAUUUUAUGGAUGAUAUUAUCGAAUGAGAAAUCUGAUACAACUUUUCGGGAGCUAUAUUUGUUGUUUAAACCUUCCUCCUUCAACGUUUGCAAUUUGAUACAGAUCGGACAAUUGGUAGGUUUGGUCACAUCUCUGAUGUCUUAGUACUGAUACAUUCUGUAUAUUUGGGACCCACAUACAAGACUAGUGAAGUACUACGAACUCAUUCUCCAUCUCCAUUCGAAAAGACUGUUCUGCGUGUGUUUGUCCUGAGACCCUGAUACAUCGGUAUCGUACUAAGUACCGAAGCGCAGGAAGCACCAAUCACGUAGAUUCCCGUUAAUAGUUGUUUAUGUGAUGUUAAUGUAAAGGACUUAAUCUGUCGAGGACAUCGAGUCCCUAAUUACUGUAGCCAUGAAGAAAUUAAUUUUAGACCUCAUAAACUGAUUUAAGAUGAACUUCAUCCGCUAACUCUUAUCCAUUAUAAAAUUCGUUAUUUUAUUUUCACUGCAGCUUUAUUGUAAUAAAUCUUGCACUGUGAUUUGUAUACAUUUACAAUUACUCAGCUCAUGAAAUGCAUUCACUAUGAUUGGUGUAUAACUACAUAAAUUUACUAGUUUUACUUUAAGACAUUUACGUUCCUCUCCAAGUCCUGUUUUGAAUGACAAUAGUGGAGUAAUGUGAAGUGUCCAAGAAUACUAGGCCAUUUAAGAAGUCUUAAUACCAUCAAAGCAAUAAAAAUAUGCUUGAAACGAUAGCUCUUCGUAACAUUCACCAGCGUACUGACAAAUUUGGGUUCGGACUCAAUCUAGGAUGAGUUUUACUGCCAAUCGAGUGAUUUAGGAGGGCGAGUUUGAGAUAUAAUGCAGUAUUGGCAAGGGUUUCAUUACACAGAUUGGACGUCUAUGCACAGGGCAAAGUCACUUGGGCGUCCAGUGUGGCCUUCACAACGUUAAAGGAUAAUCCAGGUCUCGUAAUGAGGAAGGUCCUGCAUGGCUAUCGUCGGAAUUUAGUGGUCUACAUUUCUAAACUUAAAUCAAUUUUCAAUGUAGUGUGAUCGAUAUCCAUUGUCAUCGGUAAUUGUCUCUCUUAGUUCCCAGUGGAUUGGUUAUACUAGGUAUAGCCUUCUGUUAGAAUCGCCAGAUAUCCAUCUUAAGAUAGAUUUCUGAUGAAUACUUUAAGUGUUUUCAGAAUAACUUUUAUGAAGGCGUACUUGGGAAUUUCAUACUACCACAAAAUGACUAUUCAGUAUUCUUUUAUUUCACUGAUUGUCGAAAUCAUAUCAAGGGAUGAUGGAAAUUCCGAAAAUUACUCAAAUCUUGAGAAACACUAAAGUAAGAAAUGUCGUUUUCUGUUUAGUUCAUUGUGUUAAAGCAUAAAAUUGGAGUCGUUGAACAUAAUACUUUUUCAAAAACGUCCACUUGAAGUUUCAUUUAUAUAUUUUCUACUGUCUUAGAUGACCGUAUGUAGUGCCUAUCGAAGCAUCAUUUUUUAUAUUAAAACGAACAUUGCUUAGCUAUUGCUAAAAUCGCAUUUUUAACCAAUCUCUGUAGUUAAUGGAUGUAUAUAUAAUAUUAUUAUUAAUAAAGUAUGAGAGUAAUAACUUACCCCUCGUGAAGGAGCAUAGACCGCCCACCAGCAUUCUCCAUCGAACUCUCUCCUGGACAAUCUUUAGUUGUUUCUAGUUGCUAUUCAUCCUUGUAAUGUUUGCUUCCGAUUCCCGACGUAGUGUGUUCUUCAGCCUUCCUCUUUUUCGUUUCCCUUAAGGAUUCCAAGUAAGCGCUUGCUUCGUGAUGCAGUUUGAUGAUUUACGUAAUGUAUAUCCUACCUACCUCAAACGUAUUUUCCUAAUUUCCUCUUCAGGUGGAAGUGGAUUUGUUCUCUCACUGUAGGCUGUUGCUGAUGGUAUCCGACCAACGAACAUUGAGGGCCUUGCGUAGACAACUGUUUAUAAAUAUUUGUACGUUUUUGAUGACGGCUGCAGUAGUUCUCCAAGUUUCAGCUCCAUACAGUAGGACUGUCUUGACGUCCGUAUUGGAGAUCGUGACUUACAUUGGUUGACAAUUGUUUCGAGUCCCAUAUGUUCUUCAAUUGUAGGAAUGCUGCUCUUCUUUGCCAAUCCAUAAAUUUACAUCAGCAUCUGAUCUUCCUUGUUCAUCGAUGCUGCUGCUCAGAUACGUGGAAGAUUCCACCUCUUCCAGAGCUUCUCCAUCAAAUGUGAUUAGAUUGAUGUUCUUUGUGUUAAAUUUGAGGAUCUUGCUUUUACCCUUGUGUAUGUUGAGGCCUAGUGAUGCAGAGGCUGCUGUUACACUGACUGUGAUUUGUUGUUGUGUAUGGGAUAGAAGGGCCAGGUGAUCUGUGAAGUCCGAAUCUUGUAGUUGAUUCCGAGAUGUCUAUUGUAUUCUGUGCUUCCCUGAGAUGUCGAGGUCUUCAUAAUCCAGUCAACCACCAGGAGAAAGAGAAAGAGGGAAGAGUAGGGAGUGUUGUCUGACUUCGGUCCCUAUUUGGAAUGCAUCUGUCCUCGAUGCACGACUUCUCAGUGUAGUCCGUCGUACGAAUUUCGUAUUGUGCUUACGAUCUUCUCAGGUGGAAGAAGUUUCUAUAAGGUUCUCCUGUCCACUGUCGAAUACUUUCUCAUAGUCAAUGAAGUUGAUGUAUAGUGACGAGUUCCACUAAACUGAUUGUUCAGUAAUGAUCUGUGGUGUCGCAAUUUGGUUUGUGCACGAUCUCGAAGCUGACCGUCUACUGAAUCUUAUAUCCGGUUUAGUCACACUCUGAAAACUUUUCCCGGUACCGAUAGUAGUGUAAUGCCUCUGUAGUUCUCACAUUUGCUCAGAUCUCCUUUGUUUGGUAUCUUGAUGAGGUGUCCUUCUUUCCAGUCCAUCGACACUUGUUCUUCCUUCCAAAUUUUCUGCAAUAGAAUUUGGAGCAUGUUUGCAGUUGCUUCUAUGUGUGCUUCAGCUGGUAUACUCUCAGGUCGUGCUGCUGAGAUGGUGAAGAUUUGUAGCUCAGGUUGAUGAUUUUGAUAGAGUUUUUUUCUCUGAGCUGGAUGGUUUGGUCGUGGAGCACAAACUUCAGGUGCUGGUGAUGUUCAGGAGAACGAUGAAAGCUCCACGACCAAACUAUCCAGCCCAGAGAACAAAACCAUCAAGGUCGUGCUGCUUUCUCACUCUUGAUUUGUCUGAUGGUCAUCCUGAUUUCCUCGGUUGUUGGUGGAGUGACAUCUAUAAGAAGGUCUGUGUGUGCGGAGCAUUUUCCUCCUCGUUACCGGAAUACAGCAGCAUCUCUCUCAUAUCUAGCCUUUUCUGUCCAGCUUGAGUCCAGUGGGUUUCUUUUGUUCUGAGUACUGUCAAGUUGUAUCUCCUCAUUUCCGUUGCUAUCUGACUAUUCUUCCUGGUCUCCUACAUUGUGCGGACAUUCCAUGUAUAUAUAUUAAUGGUUAUCAGUAGGGGCAUCAGCCUUCCGGAGAAUUUAGGUUUUCAUCAUGAGGCAUCAUAAUUCUUCCUUCAACUCGGAGAGGAGAGUUCAAAUGGUUUAAUUUGUUUUAUCUGGUUAACGUUUUUUUAGCAAUGUAUUUCUCUAUGGGUUGGAGUUGUCGACCCUAUACCCAACCCUCCUUUUUUCCGGCUUUGGGAUCGGUAGUAACUCCAGAAGAAAUACAGGCGGAGUUAAGAGUAAUAACGGCCAAUAACAUGUUUUUUAUACAAUUUGUGGACAGUUAGCGUAAAAGCUUUAGAGAAAUGAAUUUUUCUGUUAUUUGAAUUGUAACGGCUUCUGAAUGUUUUUUUUUUUAAACUAAGUUCACACAGACAAUCAAUUGAAAUUAAAAAUCUAAUCAUAGUUCGAUUUACUGAUAUACAGUACAUUUUAAAUAUUGUUUUGCUAUUUUGGCACGCAAACAGUUUUGCAGUUUUUCGUGUUGUUCACUUUUCCUGUUUUGUUUGUACACUAUUCUCUUUAUUUCUCAUACUUUGCAAAC